AUGAAAAUUAAAGAAGGCGAUAAAGAAGUUUUGUUCUUCAUUACAAUGCCACCUACCUACCCAGAACUCGGACCUCCAAAAUAUGAACUGUCAGCUCCUUGGCUGGGUAGGAAAGCGAAGGCAAAGCUCCUUCAUGAAUUAGAUACGAUCAGUAUUGAAAAUAUCGGUGAGGUUAGUAUUUAUUUAUUAAUCGAACACAUAAGGGGGUUCGUUAGAAAAUUACCUCCCUCUGAUAGUAUACGUAUUAAAAUAACUAAAAAGACCCCGUGUUUGGAGAAGUUGAAUUGUCCCGACAUUACUCACGGGGAUGUUAUAGUGGAUAGGAAAAGCGUCUUCCAAGGGCAUGCAGCUGAAGUACACAGCCUUGAUGAUGUCAAAUCCGUUCUGGCCAAGCUGAAAGAAAAUAAGAAAAUAUCGAACGCCAAGCAUAACAUGUACGCGUAUCGUAUCAAACAGUCCACCGCUAAAGGCACCGCCGUCGUCGUUCAGGAUUUUGAUGAAGACGGCGAGGCUCACGCGGGAAGCCGUUUGAUGCAUUUGAUGAAAGUCAUGGACUUGGACAAUACGCUAGUGAUAGUCACCAGAUGGUGAGUACAUUUUAUUUUAUACAAAAUAAAGUACAAUGAUCUUCUAUAUAUAAAAAAAUAAUUUCUGUUCGUUUAUCUCCCUAAAACUCCAGAACAGAUGGGCCGAUUUAGCUGAUUUAGAUAUAAGAUAUAAAUGUGUAAGAAAAAUGUCACAUUGCUAUGGGUAGUGAACAGGCGAGACAACUCUGGACUGUGAUUGCGUGAUGCAUUGUUACGGCCCAUUCUUCCUAUCGAUUCCAACCACAGGGAACGUGUGCGCCCCAACUGUGGUGACGAUUUUGUAAGCAACCUAACUGUGAUCUAUCACUUGAAAAGGUCAAUAAUUAUUAAUGGUUUUAUGAUUUAUCAGUAAAGUAAAUUAUAAAUGUUAUGAACUUUAUUACUUCUGUUUGAUGAAACUAUUUUUUUUUAUAUUACAAGGUAUGGAGGAAUUCAGCUUGGCCCGGACAGAUUCAGACAUAUCAGUAACGCAGCUAGGCAAGCCAUCGAACAGGCUGGGCUGGCGAAGAAGAAGAAGAAAAAAUAGACGGAGAGCUCGUGACAAAAAUUUGCAAGAUUUUUCUAAAGGUCGAACUUUCACUAUAUGGAAGUAUAAAAGUAUACAGUCACUUAGUAUUCACUGUGAUGGAUUUAGCUGUAGUUAUAUUUAUUGAUCGAAGCCGGAACACGUUGUUUGUAUAGUUACGCGAAAACC